CAGUUCAUGGCUCGACUGUUCCUGUAUGGAAUAUUAAGGGAAGCCAAUUGAAAACCAUUGACCGCGGUUAUUCAGUCUUAUGUUUUGCUGUGCGUACUGAGGUUUUUGCAGCUUUUACUAAAGCUUGGAGAAAACGAGGAACAAAGAGGGAUGAGGAUUAUUCAGGGAAUAAACUUUUACCUCAUAAUCAGAAUUUAUUCUUAAGGCUCCGUCUCUAGAUACUGAAGAAAGCAAUAACGCUUAUGUCGUUUUUAUGCUCCAGUCCAGAAUUUGUCUCCAUAGACCUUUAUCCUCUUAUGAAUACAUCUAUAAAGGAAUACAGCUUUUAUAUAGAAACAAAAAUUGCUUUGGUUCCUUGUUCUGUGUAUGUGAAGCCCUUGCUGUUUUCAUGAAGCCUAUGUGAGUGAUUUGCCGGAACUGCUUGGACAGGCAGGUUGGACAAAACUGAUGUUCUCGACUGAUGGAUUUGAGGCAAAGCCGCCCUCCUCUUCCACAUGGGAGACUGUCAUUCAGACUCUGCGAGAAGUUGGAGGUUGCACCACCAUCUCCAGGACAACUGAGACAUGUGUUCUUCCACAAUGCAUUGCCUUUUGUAGGGUUUGGAUUUUUGGAUAACGCAAUUAUGAUUGCUGCGGGAACGCAAAUAGAACUGUCAAUUGGAGUUAUCCUAGGAAUUUCAACUAUGGCAGCUGCUGCUUUGGGAAACCUUGUUUCAGAUUUAGCUGGACUGGGUCUUGCAGGUUAUGUAGAAGCUUUAGCUUCAAGGCUGGGUCUGUCAAUCCCUGAUUUGACACCGAAACAAGCUGAUAUGUGGCAAACACGUCUCAGUGCACACUUGGGUAAAGCUAUUGGAGUGACCGUUGGCUGCAUUUUAGGAAUGUUUCCUUUGUUGUUCUUUGGCGAUGAGGAAGAAAAACUGGAAGAAAAAAAUUAACAUUUUUACAAGACGUAUACAAAUGUAAACUAAUGUACCUCAAUUAUUCAAUUAUGCUGUCAACAUUUAGGAAUUAACAGACAGUAAAAAAAUGUAUAGACUUGGGAACAAAACCUUCAGCAUGUUGUUUUAUGGAAACACUAAUUUAUUGUGGCUUUGUCGUGUUCAGUACUUCUUUUUAUAAGAAACCAUUUAGCUUUUAAUUUAAUGUAAAUUUUUGAAGUGUUUUCACUUAUGGCAACAGAUGUUUACCACUUCCCUUUUUGACCUUGUACUUUAAUGGAUUAUUAAAGUAAUAAUCCAUUAUUGGAUGGGAAUGGAUGAUAUGAAUGACAGUAUCGCUCUUGAGUUGCAUAUUGGUUGCUAACAGUUGUAAUUGCAUGGCAAAAAUUUCACUGCUGCUCAUCAGGUCCUUAAUGCAGAUUAUUAAGGGGGUCAGUGGCAGGUGGGUUGAAGUCAGCAAGAUGACUGGUUGACCCCUCCCCAGCCGUCAUUUUACACUGCCUUUACAAGAGAUAUUUCAGCCAUCUACAACAGUCUUUGCAUGUCUUGCAUUUCUUCACAAUUCUUACUGAUUAUCUUUUGAGGUCAUCAUUUAAAUGCCUUGAACAAGGUAAGUGUUUCUAGUGUAGUCUCUACCAGGUUCAUUUUUUAGAUUGUUUUUUAACACCUUCUAUGCCUUCAUAUUCAUACCUCUUUUUCCAUUAUGAGCAAAAUUUUGACAAUUCACUUGAGGUGUCCUUUAAUUCAUCUUCCUGAGCUUUUUAACGUGGUUUACAGGAGCUGAGACCUCUUCCUAUUUCAGAAGUGCAAACCACAGCAUUAUUCCUUGUUCUGUAAAAAAUAAGGUGUGAAUAAUUGACAAGGGUGGACAAAGCUGGGCAACACAAUUUAUGAAUAAGUGCUGGCAUUGCGAGUUUGUAAUAGGUGGCUCAAUUGAAAUGAUAAUAAAAAGUACCAUCAGUCUGGAUUAGAGGACCUGAUUUGCAGAAUAUAACUUUGUAUUUAAGAUUAAACCUUUGCUACUUUUUUGCUGUGAGACAUUUGGUAAGAAAAGAAAUGGUGACUCGGGGCCUUUUUCCUUUUUUGUCUUUUAUUUUUGCAGUCUUACUUGGUGUGUCAUAGAUCUAACAGUGCAGUCACAUAUAAUUGUGCUUUUUUAUAUGGUCAUGAAUGAAUUAUGGUUAUAACUAUCAUGUUGAAUGUUCAUGAUAUUUCAGGAUCUGAUUUUCCAAUAGUAUAAUUAUAAACUGAUGACUAUUGAUUACAGAGGAGAGACUUUCUCACCUGUCUGAAUACCACUUGGGAAAGUUACUAAAAAAAGAGGGGCGCAGCCAGGGCACUUUGAGAGUCUUAUUGCUAGAAUUAUUAACUCUUUUGAAACCUAGAAAUAAAUGUUUUUUUUUUUUAAAAAAUCCCAUGAUUAAGUUUUAUUUGCUGUAGAAGAAGCCUUAUUAUAACAUGCAUAUUUGUUUUACAGAGCUGAUUGCUCAUCUCAGUCAUAAAUCUGACUUCUCUGUUCUCAUUUCCAGAAGCACCAUAGCAGCAGUACUGAAACUGUAACACCAGUCUUUAAGGAAGGUGACGAUUGCAUCUGUUUUUGAAAAGCAGAUUGUGUAAACUUGCAGUGAGCAGUCCUAAUAGCGUAUACUACUCUUUGUAAGCUAAACCAUGACAAUCUGGACCAAACUGUAAAGUUAAAGAAAUCUCAUCUAGGCAAGAACGGAACGUGAAUGCUUGCAUUUUCAAAAUCGGAAGGUGUGGUGUAUGUGGGUGUGUUUUUUUUUUUUUUUUAAAUCCUUCUAGGAAACAAUGCACUUUUUCCCCGGUGGAUUGUUGCUGUUAUACAGUACCUCAAUAAUCGGAUUUUUUAAGCACCUACAUGUUUCUCUUGCCUUAAACUCUAACUUUUCUUCCACUGCAUACAUAUUCUUAUUUUCUAGUAUGUUUUUAUUGAAAGUUGUAAGUAUUUCCCAUGGUUUUUUUUAAGUUGAGGUGCACAUUAAAACAACUUUGCAUAGCUUUUUUUGUAGCUGUAAAUACAAUAAUACCAACACUGCAUCCCAUUAAGAUACUGACAUCUUCAUUGGAAUCUUCUAGCAAUGGCCAAACCUCUGUUCUUUGCUGUUGUGUUAACUGGAACGCUAUUUUCAUCACUUUUUGAGAGUUCUUAUGAACAAUCAGAAAGCCUGUGUCAGCUGUCAUAGCGGUGCUCAUUUUUAGAAAGGCUAUAGGAAGGACCAUGUACUAUUGUUUGAUGGCUUGUGCAUGUAAAUCAAGUGUGUUUUUUGUUGCUGUAUGUCAAACUAUUGUACUGCAACCAAUGCUUUUAACAAGAAGCAAUGAACUAAAAUAUCUUUAAAGAAAGUAA